GAUAGUAUCGAAAAUGUUACAAGAUACAAGUAUAUAAGGAUAGUAUUGAAAAAGGGUUCUGUAUUUCGUGUAUGGAGUGAGGAAGCCGGUUCAGAAUUGUAUUUGGUUGGGUAUGGUUUUGAUUGCUUGGCAUUAUCUUUGUCUCAAGAUUACCCAUUGAAGAUUCUUUGGAAGAAGGCUUUUAUUCGUUUGGUUCUUGUGGGGGGCAUCUUGUGGAUGCUGCUCAUUCUCAUUGUACUAUUGUUUCAUGUUUGGUCUUGCCAAUCUUCCCUAGCUUUCUUUUCAGCUAUUUGUAACAGAGACAGCAAGGUAUUUGUAAUGUUAGACACAAUGGGACUUGUACCAAAACCAACACACCGUUGUCCUAUUCCCGUCGUGGAUGACCCGGACAAAAUAAUUAUGCCGAAGAGAAGAACUCCUGACAAAGUUGUUCAACAUUUAUCAUAUAUUUUGGAGGAUGAGGUAGAAAAUAAUGGAUCUCAGUCACCUCCACUAUUUGGAGGGCAUCAAAGCUGGUUGCAAAGAGAGGAGAGUUUUAAACUAAAAUCAAUCAUGAAGGUGCACUGUGGUUUCAUUCAAGGUGGCGUUGCAGAGAUGGCUCCAAAGGACAUCAAAUAUGUGGAGAAGUGUAGGUUUGUGGUUGCAUCUGGCAUUUUUGAUGGAUAUGAUGUGCCUCAUCAGCCUUCCAAUGUCAGCUCACGAUCUCAACAGCUCUUCUGUUUUCUUAUGGUGGUGGAUGAAAUAUCCAUUGAUUUCAUCAAGAAGAAUGUUACUGUCAGAGAGGACAAUGAUGGGGGACAAUGGGUUGGUAUUUGGCGUAUUAUUCUGCUGAAACAUCAACCUUAUGAUGAACCCAGGAGGAAUGGAAAAGUUCCCAAAAUAUUAACCCACAGAUUAUUUCCUCAAGCACAGUACAGCAUAUGGAUUGAUGGUAAAAUGGAGCUAAUAGUCGAUCCAUUGCUUAUGCUAGAAAGAUACUUGUGGCGCGGAAAGCACACAUUUGCCAUUGCUCAGCGCAAGCACCAUCACAGUAUAUAUGAGGAGGCUGAUGCAAACAAACGGAGGAAGCGAUAUGCUCGACCUCUGAUUGAUCUUCACAUGAAAAUAUACCUUUAUGAAGGGAUGAAGCCAUGGAGUCCAAAGAAAAAAACCGUCAGUGAUGUGCCAGAGGGAGCCAUAAUUAUACGUGAACAUACAGCGCUGAAUGAUUUAUUUAGCUGCUUGUGGUUCAACGAGGUCAACCUCUUUACACCGAGAGAUCAGUUAAGCUUUGGCUACGUCGUUUACAGGUUAGGGCACCCGUUCAAAUUCUUUAUGUUUCCAAACUGCGAGUACAACUCGAUCUUUGUGUUGCACCCUCACACUCGCGAGCAUUCUUCCAAAAUCGAAUGGGUGAAAUCCUUGGAUGAGUUUAAGGGAAAGAAUAGUGGUUUGAAAGAGAGUAGGGGAGGGUUAGGGUUGUGGACUCCUUAUCCUGGGAACCUUGAUUCAGUUGUACUGCCACAUGUAACAAGAACAUCAAAAGCAGGAUGAGUUAAUUUUGUUUUUUCUUUCAAUUUUUUUUAUUUUUAUUUUUCAUUCUUAGUUACAAACUUUAUUAAAAAAUAAAAAUAAAAAAUCCUGGUUUAUUUGGAAGAUUAAUUAGGCCCUAUAAGGAUCUUUGUAUAAUAUUUUGAAGGAAAAGUUUGGGUCAAUGUUUCUUUUUCAAGUUGCAAUUUCAUGUUCCAAAAUUGUUGUUUACUGCAUCAUGUUUAAAUGGCAAUGAGAGAGUUCACUUC